AUAAAAAUUUUGACGGAUUCUAAACACAUUCUUCCAAGCCCAUUACGUCAUUACAAAAACCUAGGAGAUUACCUAAUUGAACUGCUCCUAAUGACGCUUUAAUUAAUCCGUAACUUCUACAAUAAAUUGACUGUAAUUUAAGAUUAAGGUUUAUUCGAGAUUUCAUCGUAUGGACUGUGACAAUGUGGGUGAAGUUGGUGAAUUUUAUCGUGAUCAUUCAAUGUGUCAUUUCAAGAGACACUGAGGACCGGAAUAGUGUCUACGUGAGACCUUUUGUUUUGAACCACGGACACCAAUAUCAGUAUGUUUACUUUAAAUACCCGCUGCCCAACCGACAUAUUGUGCCGCAAAAUCCACAAGUUUACAGCAGUUUCGUAACGGGACAGACCGGUUUUCGAGAAAUUCGUCCAGUGAACUUUGUGCCGAUCCCACCUAAUGGAUUUAUACAUCAACAACAGAUUCAUCACAUAGUUGUACCGCCUAAUGUCAUAAACCACAAUUUGAAUCCGGUACAGAUACUGUCUCCAUUGCCGAAUACUCAAGCACUCCCUGAACAUGAUUUUCUUGAAAGGCCUCCACUCCCUAUUCCACUACAAAUACCUGACUCAGAUAACAAGAUUAUCGUAGAAAACCUGCAUGGAAAGUUCGAGGACUUCAUACGACCAGGUUCGAAUGAGCCGGGGCAAAACACGUAUGGACCGCACGUCCGACCUCAUCAGGGCCAUAACCAAGGUGAAUCGCAGGUCCAUAGCACCACAGGACCUGGGAAAUCGGAUUUUGCGCCGCCCAUCACAAACAAGCCAGGCUUCAACGUGCCAACCGUGACUACUCCUCUGAUAACGAAUGCUCAGAUCACCACCGUAACCCCGCCUGCACAUCAACAGGAAAACGAGGACUAUGGAGAUGUGCAAUACGAUAUCGAUGUCCGUAAAGACACGACGUAAACGACGCGUUUAAAAUAUGAUGAUUGAAUCGUAAUAAAUAAUAAUAAAUA